AUGUCGACACAUACCAAGCUCUCCUCGUCCUCUACCAGCCCCACGAGGCUCUGCUCCAAGACCUACAAGAAAGCUUCCCAACUCUACCUCACACGACGCCUACCGGAAUCGCUUGCAUCCCUACAGCCAAUCAUCAAUGUCUCGUCGUCACAAGAUGAACAACAAUACACGAAUGGUGACUCGGCCGCGGCCGCGCCCGUUGCGCCGAUCGCCACCGCCCCCGGCACGUGGAGAAUCAAGGUGUGGAAUCUCUACAUCACGCUCCUCAGCGCAAUAGUAGAUCUCGGAGCAGAGGAAGGGAAGAAUCAAUUCGGUCAGAAAGAAUGGAAGACAAUUGCGACACAAGUUCGCGAAGGCGGCAUUUGGCAGGCCGUUGUGCAGGGCGGAUACCAAGGCCGGGAAGGCUCCGUUGACGCCGAGGUUGUCUAUAACUUAGCAACAUUACUCUUGAAUCACUCCUCCUCUCAAGCUCUCAACCAGCAACGACUCGAAACCUACCUAUCAUCCUACGGACAACCCAACCUUGACCUUGCAGACCGUCUUCAAGAUGCCUCCAGUGGCUCUCCACCUCCACGGAUCUCCGCCACGAGCGGAACAGAUACUCCAAAGGACCUGGCUGCCCGUGUGCGGAUCAUCGAGCUGUUUGUCUUGCAUGUCCUUCCCCGCAACGAGGAAUGGGAGUACGCACACGAGUUUGUCAACAUGAGCGAAGUUUUAGACGAAGAGCGCAGAGAAUUGUUCAUACAAACUUUGGAAGGAUUGAAGGAAGAGAAAGAAAGAGGGGAGAUGCGUGCCGCGGAGUUGCAACGCCAGAAAGACAUGGAGCGUGAGCGGCAACAGGAUGAUGAACGCCGGAGAGCCGAGGAGGCAGCCGCAGUCACACCUCCGAGGGCCAAUGGGCACAAGCGCAAUACCAGCGAGGUCGACUAUGGGAUUGAGAAAGAAAGCCCGCGCAAUGCUUCCAAAAGCAAGGGCUCGGGCUCCAAGUCCCCGGAUAAGUCGCCCAGCGGCGGCAAAUCAACAGCACGGACUGCUCUUUCAUCUGGCUCGAAGAACUCGAAGAAGCAGGUCAAGCCCGCUCCUCAGGCGAAGUCAAAAGCAGUGGCCAAUACGCUUCGCAACCUGUUCAAGCAUAUUAUCCAGAGCGUGUCGGGCAACCCACUAUCAAUAGUGCGCACUCUACUCUUCGUGCUUGGAAUAUUGAUGGCGGUGAGCCGACAGGACGUCCGCGAGCGAGUCCGCAGGAUCACGGGCUCCGCAUGGGACAAAGUGAAGGGCACCGUCGGAAUGGGUGUGAAGGUUAGCUAUAUCUGA